AAUUGUGUUUAUUAAUACAGUUAAACCACCAACAACUAGCCACCAUUUAUCACUGCAAGUAAAACACACGCAUAUAUAUUCACAUUUCAACAACAUACAAGUACAUAAAAGCCCAAAAAGAUCCCAUUUUUCCCAUACCCAUCUGCUAAUUCAUCUUUUUUGUGCCCAAAUUAGUCAAUUUUGCAGUAGUUUUCAAGAAAAGAAGUGACUUUUAAUUAUGGGUUGCUGGCAAUCAUCUUUGUCAGCUGAGACCCAUCAAGAAAAAGAUGGGAAGCAUCACAAUCAGCAACUCCACAGCCGGAAUCCACCGUUUUCCGGCGGAGUUGAGGCGGUUCCGGCCACCGGAGUCCCACCCUUUUCGAAAUUCUCCUUUGUGGACCUCAAGGCUGCAACUAAGAACUUCAGCUCUGAGUUUAUAGUGUCUGAGAGUGGUGAGAAGGCCCCUAAUCUUGUUUACAAAGGUCAACUCAAUGAUGGCCGUUGGAUUGCUGUCAAGAAAUUCUCUAAAGUGGCUUGGCCUGAUCCUAAGCAGUUUGCUGAGGAGGCUAAGGGUGUUGGGAAGUUGCGAUUUCGGAGGCUUGCUAAUUUGAUUGGUUAUUGCUGUGAUGGAGAUGAGAGAUUACUUGUUGCUGAGUACAUGCCUAAUGACACCCUUGCUAUGCAUCUGUUUCACUGGGAAAAUCAAACCAUUGAAUGGGCCAUGCGCUUAAGAGUUGCAUUUUAUAUUGCUGAAGCCUUAGAUUAUUGUCGCAGUGAAGGUCAUUCACUAUAUCAUGACCUUAAUGCUUACAGGGUUCUUUUUGAUAAGGAUGGCGAUCCUCGACUUUCAUGUUUCGGUCUGAUGAGAAAUAGUAGGGAUGGGAAAAGCUACAGCACAAAUUUGGCCUACACACCUCCAGAAUAUUUGAGAAAUGGGAGAGUCACACCUGAAAGUGUAAUAUUCAGCUUCGGCACCAUUCUCCUGGAUCUGCUAAGUGGAAAGCACAUCCCCCCUAAUCAUGCUCUUGAUAUGAUACGAACAAAAAAUAUUCUUCUUCUAAUUGAUUCACAUUUGGAGGGGAAGUUUUCAAUGGAUGAAGCAACAAUUGUAGUUGAUAUUGCCUCUAAAUGUUUGCAAUAUGAACCUAAGGAUCGGCCUACUGCAAAGGACCUAGUGGCAACACUUCUGCCACUGCAAACGGGAUUGGAUGUUCCAUCCCAUGUCAUGCUUGGUAUCUCAAAGAACGUAGAUGCCCCACCUACCCCUCAGCGUCCCCUUUCACCACUUGGUGAGGCAUGCUCACGGAAGGACUUAACAGCAAUUCAUCAGAUCUUAGUUAUGACACACUACCGGGAUGAUGAAGGAACCAAUGAGUUAUCGUUCCAAGAAUGGACCCAACAAAUGAGAGAUAUGCUUGAAGCAAGAAAGCGUGGUGAUUUUGCUUUCCGUGAUAAAGAUUUCAAAACCGCAAUUGAUUGUUAUUCCCAGUUCAUUGAUGUAGGAACCAUGGUGUCCCCGACUGUCUUUGCACGUAGAAGUUUGUGCAAUCUCCUAUGUGAUCAGCCUGAUGCUGCGCUCCGGGAUGCAAUGCAAGCACAAUGUGUCUAUCCGGACUGGCCAACGGCUUUCUAUAUGCAGUCAGUUGCCCUUGCUAAGUUAGACAUGCAGCAGGAUGCUGUUGAUAUGUUAAAUGAGGGUGCCGGACUUGAAGAGAAGAGGCAAAAAAGUGGGAGAAGAUCAUAAGACCAAAUCGUUAAUUGCUAAUCAAAUCUGUAGAUUUUUUUGGUUAUAUCUUCGCUGAUGAAGUAGAAGGAGAUUUCUUUUAUGGUUAUCGUCAAGUUUUUACAUUGUUGUUAUAGUACCGAGUAAUCCUUUCCACCAGCUAAAUGCACAUUGCUGAUGGUUGGUGAAAGGUAGUUUUCUAAGGCUCAGCUUUGGCAAUGAACCUUAGUUCUAAUGGAGUCGUAGUUCAAAAAUUAUGUACAGAGUGCAAGGAUUGGUUUCGAGUUGUACAAUCCAACUAUGGGUAUAGGAUAACCGCUAAAUUAAUAAAUUAUGCGUUGAAGGCGUUUGAGAA